AUGAUUGCUGAAAAGGCAGAAGAAUUAUUGGCUUUGGCCAAGGCCAAUCUAGCACUUGAUUUUUCAAGGCGAGGCGGUAUCAGCAUUUCCGUUGCGACCCUUUGGGGGUUAGCUGUUAUUGGUUUUAUACUCAUAAUAGACUAUGGCUAUAUGGUGUAUUUGCAUUUUAAGAUGCCUCCAGGUCCAUUUCCACUCCCUCUUAUCGGAAACACGCAUCUACUUCCCGAUAAUAAGCCUUGGAUUUACUUUGAGAAUCUGGCAAAGGAAUACAAAUCUCCCAUGAUAACAUUCUGGACCGGCCGACGACCAACAAUCUGGAUAUGUGACGCGUGGGCAGCGAGUGAGAUCCUCGACAAACGAGCGGCAAUCUACGCGUCAAGGCCGCGUAUGGUGGUUUUCAGCGAGCUUGGUGCCGGACAGUCCAACAUGGUCAACAUGUAUUAUGGCGAUCGAUGGCGCUUGCACAGAAAGUUGACACAUAUGGGUGUCGGUCUUCAACAAGUUCGGAAUUACCGCGGCUUCCAGAAUGACGAGAGUAAAGUGGUUGCGUUUGAUCUUAUUCGCGAGCCAAAAGAAUACGUCAAGCAUUUCGAGCGCUAUGCCACAAGCGUGGUCUCCAUCAUCGGCUUUGGUCGACGUGUUGCUACGUUCACGGAUCCGAUUAUCACGGAGGUCAUUGCGCUGAUGCAACAUGCCGCUGAGCUGAAUGUACCCGGCAAAACAUUUCCCAUGCUGAUGGAAUCUUUCCCGUUCCUUGCCAAGUUCCCAAACUGGAUGGCGCCAUGGAAGCACGGUCUAGGUCAAGGCCAGGGGCGCGGCAGACCAUUUUUCUAUGCCCUCGCCGAGGAAGCCGCGACAAGCGAAGAUACCGGGCAUUGCUAUGCGAAAAAGGUAUUUGAAGAGGCACCGAAACAUAACCUUUCAAGAAUGGAAAUCUCUUCACUCGCAGGCAAUCUUUUUGGGGCAGGUGCCGACACUUCCAGCUCAACGCUUGUUACUUUCAUUUUAGCAUGCUGUGCAUUUCCGGAGGCACUGGCAAAAGCAAGGAAAGAGCUUGACCAAGUAGUGGGGCCAUGGCGGAGUCCUACGUUCCAGGACGAAUCCGACUUGCCAUACGUCAAGGCAGUCAUGAAAGAAGUUCUUCGGUGGAGAUCCGUGGCUAUCAUCGGAGGCCAACCGCAUGCACCGAUCCAGGACGAUUAUUACAAGGGUUGGCUGAUCCCGCGAGAUACUUGGGUCCAGGGAAACGUUUGGGCCAUUCAUCAUCAUGAGCGAGAAUUCCCAGACCCAGAUCGUUUCAACCCCGAUCGCUGGUUGAAGGACAGUCCUGAAUCCCGCCCGUUUCCCAGUGAGAAGGGGUACAUGACUUUCGGUUGGGGACGGCGUGUCUGUAGUGGGCAGGGAUUAGCGGAGCAGGGAACAUUUAUCACGAUCGCACGUCUGCUCUGGGGCUUUAACAUUGAAAAGGCUCUUGACAAAGACGGCAACGAAAUCAAUGUGGAUAUAUUUGAUUUCACCAACGGCCUCAACAUGAGACCAAAUCCGUUUGAAUGCCGAAUCACGCCUCGCAGCUCAGAGAUCCGUGCAACCAUUGAGAGAGAGGGCCAACAAGCACUGCAAGAUCUGUCCGAAUAUGACGGUGAAUCGAAAUAUCGCAUGAGCACGUUUUACGCCAUGGAAAAAAUCUGA